GAGACAUACACAGAGAGAGAGAGAGAGAGAGAGAUGAACAGUUCGACGAUAAGGAAGAAGGUGGAGAGGAAAUGCAAGAUAAGAGGGUACACUCUGAAAGUGGAGGCUCUGGAUGAGAUCCUCUCCUUCGUCAACCGUUUCCAAGGCGCCCAGGACGACGCCCUCGAUCUUCUCCUCGACCAGCUUGAGCACGAAUCUCUGAAAUCUUCGAUAAUAGAUAAGGAUCCGGUUCACCGCGUGGUUAGCCUUCUGCUGGAGGCUGAAGCCGCUGCAGAGGACGGCCCAGAUAUUGACGGCGUUACCGGUGGCUCUUCGGCGUCGUCUAUACGCGUAAUUGAUGCCUUCUUGGUCCCCAAAUUCCGAUACGAUCCCAUCAAAAAGAUUUUCUACGAGCAUACGGGAGGCCUACCUAUACAUGGAGAGGCCUCUGCGAAGGCGGCGUUGUACAAGGACAGGUUCCUCAUGCUGUUCCAGAGGCUUGCUCGCGACCAGCAUUUCUCCAAACCCGCAUUUGAUACGGAAAUGUCACAUUUUGGAAGCUGUGAGAUAUCACCAAUUCAGUCUCUAGUUGGCCAAACGGGGAGAAGAUGGGUCAUGGGUGUCAUAUCGCAGUUGGAGGAUGGCCAUUUUUACUUGGAAGACCUAACUGCUUCCGUCGAAAUCAAUUUAUCUAAUGCAAAGAUAACUACAGGUUUUUUCUUGGAGAAUACCAUAGUUGUAGCAGAAGGUGAGAUGCUCUUAGAGGGCGUAUUUCAGGUCAUUACAUGUGGAUUUCCUCCAUUGGAGGACCGAGAUAAGUCGUCCAAAUUACUUGCAGGACAUGACUUCUUUGGCGGUGGAAUACUAACAAAAGAGGAGACUCUCAGACUUGCAGAGUUGGAAAAGAGAGCAAUUAAUGACAUGUUUGUCAUUCUGUCUGACAUUUGGCUUGACAAUGAAGAGGUUAUGGGAAAACUAGAGGUUGUCCUUGACGGUUUUGAGAGCGUGGAGGUGGUUCCUUCCUUAUUUGUAUUCAUGGGCAAUUUUUGUUCUCACCCAUGCAACCUUUCCUUUCAUUCUUACUCAAGUCUCAGAUCACAGUUUGCCAAGCUAGGGCAAUUGAUUGGAGCCCAUCCACGGCUGAAAGAACAUAGUCGGUUUCUGUUUAUUCCAGGCCCUGACGAUGCAGGUCCAUCAACAGUUCUACCCAGGUGUGCUUUACCCAAGUAUUUAACUGAAGAGCUUCAGAAGCACAUUCCAAAUGCAAUAUUUUCGAGCAAUCCUUGCAGAAUCAAAUUCUAUACCCAAGAAAUUGUAUUUUUCCGCCAGGAUCUGCUGUAUAGAAUGCGUCGCUCAUGUCUAAUGCCCCCUUCUACGGAAGAAACCACCGAUCCUUUUCAGCAUCUUGUUGCUACCAUAACUCAUCAAAGUCAUCUCUGUCCGCUUCCUCUUAUUGUACAACCCAUUCUCUGGAACUACGACCACUGUCUUUUUCUUUAUCCAACUCCUCACGCGAUCAUUUUAGGGGACAGGAGUGAGCAGAAGGCAUUCAAAUACACAGGGAUCACUUGUUUUAAUCCCGGUUCCUUCUCAAAUGACUACACCUUUGUGGCAUAUCGUCCUUCCACUCAGGAAGUUGAAUUGUCAGCCCUAUAGGCAUUUGAUAAAUACUGCUUGGUUGUCAGCCUUGAAAGAAUCUGAUUCUACAGUAUUCUUCGGCAGGCCAAUUCGAUUCAAUGCAUGAGGCAGGAAAUAAGCUGGAAAUACCACCCUGUUCAAUGUGAUGUUAGGUGGAAUAGGAUUACAAUUCCUCAAUUGCUCUAAUAUUUAAUUAUAAACUAGCCCAUCAAUCACAAGAAAUUUGUGGUGUACAGACGAGUAGGCAAUUGAUAGUUUAAAGUGGAAGCACAUUUUACUUUGGUGUAGAGAAUAUUGUUGGUAUGUAAAAUUCUGUUUGUCAAAAUGAUUCAUUCUUUGUGCAUUCAUUA